AUGUCGUUCCUCCUAUUCCAAACUCCAGAUCCGCAUACCUUGAAGAGCGCGCUUCCUGACUUCACCAACGCCUCCCACAUCUUUUUACCCAUCAAUGACUGCCGAAAUGUCAUGGAAGCAGAAGGCGGCACCCACUGGUCUCUACUUCUCGUCUCUCUUGUAGACGGACUUGCAUUCCACUACGACUCCCUCCCACCCGGAAAUGCUACUGAAGCAAGCGAAGUCACGGCCAAAAUCAGCAAGCUCUGUGACAAGGCCAUCAAGUACGUGCAUAUGCGGGAUGCGCCUACGCAAGAAAAUAGUAGCGACUGUGGAGUAUUUGUCUGCAUAACGAUGAGAUAUCUACUGAAACACCGGCUCUUGCAAGCGAAUUCUGGAGAGUAUGUCACCAUGGCCUUGGAUGGCGUUCCUCUGGACGCUUCGACGGCUCGAAAGGAAAUGUUACAGAUAAUACAUCGACUAAAGAGGGAAAAAGAUCAGAGAAGAUCGUACGUAACUUCUUCCGUUACGCCAAUUGCGGCUCAUUCUCUUGUUGCUCCUCGUGCUCCUAUUGCGUCCAUUGAACCUGAUGCUGUUACUACUCCUAAUACUCUUAAUGCACCUAUGGCUCCCAUGGACACCAUUCCUCCCGUUGCUGCUACCGGUGCUAAUCACCGCAAUCCCUGGUUCUCUCUAUUUACUUGUUUCUUCACAUGUGCUUUGUUUAUCGCCUUAAUCGGGGUCGCUAUUUCCUUCUAUUGCCCCAAUGUUGACAUCAUAGCUGUUUACCAUGGCUAUGCUCAACGCCCCGUUUACCGUGGUUUUGAAGACCUUGAUUCGUUUUUUGCCUCCGCCCAUUCCCUGUUAUUUGCUUUUGCUGCCCAGGGGAAUGCACAAUUGCAAGAGCUCCUCGAAAAUGGAAGAAGAUACAUUACUAAGGCUUGCGACGCAUUCGCCCAUUUGAGACGAAUAUAG